AUGGAGCAGGACGGUGGGCCAGGCAGCGCUCCUGACACCAGGGGCAGUGGUAGAAAGCCCCCACCUGAAGCAAAGGGCAGUGCAGCCCAGCCUGCCCCAGCAGAGCCUGCAGGAGGGAAGACAGAGCCUGCGGAGGACAAGGCCCCGGCUGCUGCAGAGGAUCAGGGUGGUGGAGGGAAGGAAAAGCCCACAAAAGAGAAAGCCCUGGAUGCUGCAGACAGUCAGGAUGGAGGGAAGAAAGAACCUGGAAAGAAGGUGGCUGCAGAAGAGUCUGAAGGAGGGACAACAGAGCCUUCAAAAGAGAAGACCCCAAGUGCUGCAGAGGCUCAGGAUGGAGGGAAGAAAGAGCCCGCAAAGGAGAAGGCUUCAGCAGCACGAGGGUCUGAAGGAGGGAAGGCAGAGCCCAUGGAGCAAAAGGCCCCAGCUGCUGCUGAAGCUCAGGACAGAGGGAGGGAAAAGCCUGCAAAAGAGGAGGCUCUGGCUGCAGGAGAGCCUGAAGGCAAGAAGGUAGAGCCUGUGGAGAAGGCCCUGGCUGCAGCAGAGGCUCAGGAUGGAGGGAAGGCAGAGCCCACAGAGCAGAAGGCUUCAGCUGCAGUGAAGGCUGAGGACGGAGAUGAGAAAGGUCCAAAGGCAGAGAAGGCCCUAGCUGCAGCAAAGGCUGAAGGAGGGAAGGCAGAGGAGACAGCCUUGUCUGCAGCACAGGCUCAGGAUGGAGGGAAGGAAGAGCCUGCAAAGGAGAAAGCCCCAGCUGCUAAAAAAGCGCAGGAUGGAGAGAAGAAAGCUGCAAAGGCAGAGAAAGCCCCGACUGUAACAAAGGCUCAGGAUAGAGGGAAAGACCCUGCAAAGGACAAGGCCCCAGCUGCAGCAAAGGCUCAGGAUGGAGGGAAGAAAGCUGCAAAGGACAAAGCCCCAACUGCUGCAAAGGCACAGGAUGGAGGGAAGAAAGCAGCAAAGGCGGAGAAAGAGGCUGACAAGCCUGAGCUAGUGCGUCCAGUUCUGCAGCAGAGCCUGAGCUGCCCAGCCUCCUGCCAAAGGGAAGAGCAGCCCUGGGUGGAGGCAACUGUGAUGGAGAUGAUACCGGAGGAGACCACAGCAGCGCAGGCAAAAGAAAGUCUAGCAGCAUCUGCCACAGAGCCUGGCCCUGCCCCGAUGGCCCUGGGAGACCUGCAGCCUCCAGAACAGUCUGUCCCCACAGCUGAGCCUGGCCCUGCCCUGGGGAGUGCUGGCACUCAAGAGGAGAGGACAUUGCCAGAGCCUGCCAGCGCUGCAGGACAACCCCAGUCUGGUUUGGACACGAGCCCUGCAGGGGCCCCUGCCUCUGCUCCUGGGGGUGUGGAGGCGCCAGGCCCCGAGGCCCAGGGGCAGCUCCCCUUGCCAGAGGCAGAGCCACCACCUAGCCCUUAUCUCACCCCCGACUUUGGGAAGGAAGACCCUUUUGAGAUACUGGAUGAUGUCCCUCCACCACCUGCACCCUUUGCACACCGCAUUGUCACCCUGCGAUCUGCCAAUGUGAGCACCCGGUUCAACCUCAGCACCAAGGAGAUCCUGGGAGGGGGCAAAUUUGGCGAAGUCCACACAUGCACAGAGAAAGAGACAGGACUCAAGCUGGCUGCCAAAGUCAUCCGGAAACAGGGUGCCAAAGACAAGGAAAUGGUGAUGCUGGAGAUUGACGUGAUGAACCAGCUGAACCACCGGAACCUGAUCCAGCUCUACGAUGCCAUUGAGACGCCUCGAGAAAUCAUCCUCUUCAUGGAGUUCGUGGAGGGUGGCGAGCUCUUUGAGCGGAUCAUCGACGAUGACUACCACCUGACAGAAGUGGACUGCAUGGUGUUUGUGAGGCAGAUCUGCGAGGGGAUCCGCUUCAUGCAUCACAUGCGCGUCCUCCACCUCGACCUCAAGCCUGAAAACAUCCUCUGCGUUGCUGCAACUGGGCACAUGGUGAAGAUCAUCGACUUUGGGCUGGCUCGAAGGUACAACCCUCAGGAAAAGCUGAAAGUGAACUUUGGCACCCCCGAAUUCCUGUCUCCUGAGGUGGUGAACUACGAGCAGGUCUCCUAUGCCACGGACAUGUGGAGCAUGGGCGUCAUCACUUACAUGCUGCUCAGUGGCCUCUCCCCUUUCUUGGGCGACAAUGACACCGAGACGCUCAACAACGUCCUGGCUGCCGAGUGGUACUUCGACGAAGAGACCUUCGAGAGUGUCUCUGAGGAGGCCAAGGACUUCGUCUCAAACCUCAUUAUCAAACAGAAAAGUGCCCGAAUGAGCGCUGGCCAGUGCCUGAAGCAUCCAUGGCUCAACAACCUGGCAGAAAAGGCCAAGCGCUGCAACCGCCGCCUCAAGUCCCAGGUGCUGCUCAAGAAAUAUGUCAUGCGGAGGCGCUGGAAGAAAAACUUCAUUGGUGUGUGUGCUGCCAACCGGUUCAAGAAGAUCACCAGCUCAGGGUCGCUGACAGCACUGGGUGUCUGAGCUCAGCCUCCCCUGGGAGGAGACUGAGUAUGUGUGAGUCAAGGCCAAAGACCAACCACUUGGAAUAGGGGCUUGCGCGCUGCAGAGCCUGGUACUGGGACUGUGCAGGAGAGUGACACGUAGUUCUUGUUUCUGGAUGGCAGUAAGAUCUCUGCUGGGGUUAGACCCUACCUGCUUUUCACCUUGGGGGCAGGGCUGAGAGGCUGGAGAGACAGCCUGGUCCUGCACACAUGUAAGGCCCCUGCUUGUGCUGCUGUGAGGUGGCUGCUCUGGACCCUGUACUGCUGUGAGAUGCACACACUGCACCCCUGCUCUGCGCCUCCUACAAAACCACUGCCUUGGACCUUGCUCUGCUGCAUCCUCUCCCUUCGCUGAGACUCCUGCCCUGGCUCCGAGCUGCUGCGUGACUGCCUGGGGGCCAUGAUCCUGCAGGGUUUCUACCCUAAACCCUACUGCUGUGGAGCUGCUCUGUAGAGCUUGUCCUGCCCUGGGGCAGCAUUGCUGUGGUGGGUUCCCCGUUGCUGGCAACACUGGCAGACCCUUUCGAGAGUGUCAGGCCUUGGGGCUUGAGCUGUCCUUGUUCCUGUAAAGCUAGUGCUCCUGUCUGGACUCCCCAGGACUGUGCAGCCACCGCUUACUGGCAGUUGUAGAUCUCAUCUCUGGAACAGCUGCUCUGGAUUUCUGGCCCUUCUGUGCAUUCUCCCCACCUGAACGUACCGUGUCCCUGUAAGGCGUAGCCAAACACUGCUUGGGAUCCCCUGUGCCAGCUGCCCAGGAAUGCUCUGCAGUUGCUGCUGGGAAUCCCCCCCCUCCUCUGAGUUGCCCAGUCCUGAUGCAGGGGGCCUGGAGAGCGUGUCUGCAAAAUCCCUUACUCUUGUAGCAUCGCUGCUCUGUUUGAGUUUCUUUUCCGUGACCUCCGAGGGGAAAGGCCUGUCCAAUGUGUUGAGCACUGCUGUCUGAACUGGCCCUACAAGCUUGUCACUGUCUUGGACUCAGGAUUUCUUCAUUCAGCCUGUAACUGCUGCAGCCCUGCCCUGGGCUAGUUUUUGUUGGACCCAGAGGUGCCUGAUCUCUUUGGUGGUUGGCUCUGCUCCCAGCCAGAGCACAGUGUGAAUGGUCCCCUGUGCCAGACGGAGAGUUGCAUCUUGGCAUUGGGAUGCCAGAGGGGCAGGUGUGGCCCCGCACCCUGGCGAACUAGCAUGUGAGCCAGCACCGAAGCGCAUCCUCCCCCGCCGAAUGAUCUGAGAGCUCGGAAACCGGAGCUGGGCCCAAGUUCCUGUACAUGCCGGGCGGGCUCCUCGCACAGGAAGGGAGGAAGUGCAGAGCGUGGAUUCCAGGAGCAUCCCCAGAUGGGAGCCAGCAAGCAAAGAAGGAGGCUUUGUGUUCCCUCCUAACCUCCCUGCCCUUCUGCUCUGCCAGCAGGGGAAAAACACAACCUUUCCUUCGCACGUCCCCCACAAGAUAAAGGCGAGAGAGGCGUCCUAAUGCAGACCAUCUGGGCUCAGCUCCCCCCGCUCAUGAAAG